CUCUCCGCCCCGCCCCGCGCCGCUCCGCGCCGGCUCCGCAGCUUGAGCCGGCCGGCCGGUCCGGCGCCGGGCUAUGGCGCUGUUGCGGGAUGUGUCGCUGCAGGAUCCGCGGGACCGCUUCGAGCUGCUGCAGCGUGUGGGGGCCGGGACCUAUGGCGACGUUUACAAGGCCCUUGACACCGUCACGUCCGAACUGGCCGCGGUGAAGAUUGUCAAGCUAGACCCAGGGGACGACAUCAGCUCUCUUCAGCAGGAAAUCACCAUCCUUCGUGAAUGCCGCCACCCCAAUGUCGUGGCCUACAUUGGCAGCUACCUCAGGAAUGACCGCUUAUGGAUCUGUAUGGAGUUCUGUGGAGGGGGGUCGCUGCAGGAGAUUUACCACGCCACUGGGCCCCUGGAAGAACGGCAGAUAGCCUACGUUUGCAGGGAGGCAUUGAAGGGUCUCCACCAUCUGCAUUCUCAGGGGAAAAUUCACCGAGACAUCAAGGGUGCCAACCUUCUGCUCACUCUGCAGGGUGAUGUUAAACUGGCGGACUUUGGGGUAUCAGGUGAGCUGACAGCGUCUGUGGCCAAGAGGCGGUCUUUCAUCGGCACUCCAUACUGGAUGGCGCCAGAGGUUGCUGCUGUGGAACGCAAAGGUGGCUACAAUGAGCUGUGUGACGUCUGGGCCCUGGGCAUCACUGCCAUUGAGCUGGGCGAGCUACAGCCACCGCUGUUCCACCUGCACCCCAUGAGGGCCCUGAUGCUCAUGUCGAAAAGCAGCUUCCAACCACCCAAGCUGAGAGACAAGACACGUUGGACCCAGAAUUUUCACCACUUCCUCAAGCUGGCCCUAACCAAGAACCCCAAAAAGAGGCCCACAGCUGAGAAACUUCUGCAGCACCCAUUCACAACCCAGCAGCUCCCGCGGGCCCUCCUGACCCAGCUCCUUGACAAGGCCAGCGACCCCCACCUGGGAGCCCUCUCCCCUGAAGACUGUGAACUGGAGACCCAGGAUAUGUUUCCAGAUACCAUCCAUUCCCGGGGCCAUCAUGGUCCUGCUGAGAGGACCCCCUCCGAGAUUCAGUUUCACCAAGUAAAAUUUGGUGCCCCUCGCUGGAAGGAGACGGAUCCUCUCAGUGAACCGUGGGAGGAGGAAUGGACGCUGCUGGGAAAAGAGGAACUGAGUGGGAGCUUGUUGCAGUCAGUCCAGGAGGCCCUGGAGGAAAGGAGCCUGACUAUUCGGCCAGCCUUAGAACUCCAGGAGCUGGACUCCCCAGAUGAUGCCAUGGGAACCAUCAAACGGGCCCCGGUUUUGGGGCUUCCCCAUACUGAACCAACAUCUGAUGACAAUGCCCAGUCCUGCUCCCCAGGAACCCCAUCUGCACCUCCACCUGUCCCUGGCAGCCCCCCAUUGCUGCCUACUGCCUGGGCCACCCUGAAGCAACGGGAGGAUCCUGAGAGAUCAUCCUGUCAUGGCCUUCCUCCCACCCCCAAGGUGCACAUGGGUGCCUGCUUCUCCAAGGUCUUCAAUGGCUGCCCCCUGCAGAUCCAUGCUGCUGUUACUUGGGUUCACCCUGUGACUCGAGACCAGUUCCUGGUAGUAGGGGCUGAGGAAGGCAUCUACACCCUCAACCUGCAUGAACUGCAUGAGGAUACACUGGAGAAGCUCAUCUCCCAGCGCUGCUCCUGGCUCUACUGUGUGAACAACGUGUUGCUGUCACUCUCAGGGAAAUCCACGCACAUCUGGGCGCAUGACCUUCCAGGCCUGUUUGAGCAGCGGAGACUGCAGCACCAGGCACCCCUCUCUAUCCCUACCAACCGUAUCACUCAGCGCAUCAUCCCCAGGCGGUUUGCCCUGUCCACCAAGAUUCCUGACACCAAAGGCUGCCUGCAGUGCCGCGUGGUCCGUAACCCCUACACAGGCAGUACUUUCCUGUUGGCUGCCCUGCCUGCCAGCCUGCUUCUGCUGCAGUGGUAUGAGCCGCUGCAGAAAUUCCUGCUGCUGAAGAACUUUUCCAGCCCCUUGCCCAGCCCUGCAGGGAUGCUGGAGCCGCUGGUGCUAGACGGGAAGGAGCUGCCACAGGUGUGUGUGGGCGCAGAGGAGCCUGAGGGACCCGGCUGCAGAGUCCUGUUCCAUGUCUUGCCCCUGGAGGCUGGCCUGACUCCAGACAUCCUCAUUCCGCCUGAGGGGAUACCAGGCUCCGCUCAGCAGGUGAUCCAGGUGGACAGGGACACAGUCCUGGUCAGCUUUGAACGCUGUGUGAGGAUCGUCAACCUACAGGGUGAGCCCACAGCUGCACUGGCUCCUCAGCUCACCUUUGACUUCCCCAUUGAGACUGUGGUGUGCCUGCAGGACAGUGUGCUGGCUUUCUGGAGUCAUGGCAUGCAGGGCCGAAGCCUUGACGCCAACGAGGUGACUCAGGAGAUCACAGAUGAGACCAGGAUCUUCCGAGUGCUGGGGGCCCACAGGGACAUCAUCCUGGAGAGCAUUCCCACUGACAACCCUGGGGCACACAGCAACCUCUACAUCCUCACAGGCCACCAGAGCAGCUACUGAGCUGUCUCCUUGAUGGUGCCCAGUCAUCACCUCCAGCCUCUUGUUGGGGCCCCAGAAGGCAGACCUAAUUCUGAGAAGUGUUUGGGGGCAGGGAGGGAAGGUAGCCCACCCCCCUCAGCAAUAACUGGACCAGAGGAAGCUGUGACCACCUACCCUCCCUGCAGUUGUCCCCCAGUGCAGGAGGCCCUAGGCAGGAUGGGGCUGCCUGGAUGAUCCAUUCCACUUUCUCAUUUUUCCUUUUUAGUCUUUCUGCCAAGAGCCUACCCCAGGUUCUGUCCUGGGUAACAUGUAUUUAAGAGAAUCAUGUUAGUAUUAAAGCUGGUUGGUGGUAUCCCAUUGGUCCCUCUGAGGUGGAGGAGCUGAGCCCUCACCUUCUGCCCCGUUCUUGUCUCUCUCCUCCUCUCACUGUUUCCUGCAGAACACUUUUCUGGAAGUAUUUGGUUGGUCUCAGGCAUGCACCAGGAAGGGCAGUCCACUCAGGUGAUACAAGCCAGUGGUCCAACAGCCAUCUUGGGCUUGUAUCCCCCUGGUCCCUGCCCAGAGCAGCCCUCACUCACUCUUGUGGAUUGAGACAGCAGCUACUGUAGUCUGGCAUCUUGUGGACUUAUGCAGGAGAGUGGUGAGCCUUGCCCCAGGUAUGAUCUUGUUUGUGGUCUGCAGGAGGAUGCUGGAAGCUAGCCAAGGAACUAGCUACCAUUUCUGGGAUCUGUGCCCUUGCCCUGUCUACUGAAGUAUCCCAUGACAGGCCUGUAAGAAUAUAGUGAAGCCUCAACAUAGCCUGGGAAAAUGAAUGUGGGUUUCUUUUUGUUUGUUUGUUUGUUGUUUUUCGAGACGGGGGUUCUCUGUAUUGUUUUGUGAUGUGGGUUUCUUUAGUCACUCUAUGCUAGGCCUGGGAUUACUACCAAGAUACAGCUCAACACCCAAGAAAUACAUUGGGGCCCAUCUCCCUUGCGGCUCAGCUUGGGCUUUGUAUUGUCCUCCCUUAGUCCCCUUGCAAAGGGCUCAGAUCCCCCAGGGCCAAGUGCCCCCUCCUGUGGCCCUAGAUACUGACUGUCUUGCCACUGAAGGGAGAAUGGGGCACACAGAGCCAGGCCUGGGACGGCUAAGGGAGGGGGGUGUUGUGGUGCAAAGAUUCAGAGCUCAGUUCCAGCUCAUUGUCAGCCUCCUGACAUUUAGAGCAAAUGUUGGCAGGUUUUAUGCUGGUACGCUGGCUCCAGUAUGUACUUGCCAGCUAGUGAAACAAUGGGUGGGUGACGGUGGGUAGGCAACAGUUCAUAUGAAUGGGAUUUGUGUCCUUGGGGUUGUCACUGUCUGUUCAGAGCCCAGACUGCUUGGUUUCUAGUGACCAAGAUGGUUGUUUGGCUGAAUACAGAGCCAGACCAGGAAAAGGAGUGGAGCGUUAUGUCGUCGCUGAGACCCUAACUCAUCUGAAGGGUCAAGGGAAAUAGGGCUACACUAAAGAUCCUAGCUUCCUAUCUCCUGUACUUCUUGGGAGCAUGCUGGUGGUGAGAGAGAGGAGUGUAUUCUACCCAGGCCACAACUGUUACCAGAUGCCCUGGGAGAAUUGCCCUCUGACCUCAGAGCACUGGGCUGUCCACAGUGCCAUCUUAUGGCAGGUGGCUCAGCCUGGCAUUACCUGAGAAGGUUUAGGGGUGUGAUAUGCCAAAGUGAGGAGCCUGUGAAAAGCAGGGCCCACUGAUAGUAUUUGGUGCCAUAAACCAAAGACGGGGAAGCCAGGAAUACGCACUGAAAGGUGUAAUUUUAUUUAUAUAUUUGUUUAUAGACAGCUUUUUCAAAUACAAAAGAGAAUUGAUGAAGCUAGGCUGUGGUGAAAGCCUAUGGUCCCAGUACUCAGGAGGCAGAGGCAGGACUGUCCAUGAAUUGUAGUCUACCCUGGUCUACAUAGUGAAUUCCAGGUCAGCCACGAUUAUAUAUAGUCAAGAUCCUGCCUCAAAAAUAAAUAAAACUUGUCUCUCCUUUGUCCUCCAGUCCCUUCUAGAAGUAUUUAUGAUAUUUAAACAAUUUGGUAUAUUUUUUAUUCACAUGGCAACAGUUCAUAUAUCCUGCUGGCUCUCUGAAAAUACAUACUGGAGAUCUUUCCAUUAUCAACCUUUUUUUGUAUGACUUGUGCUGGGUUGUACAUGUUUCAGGUGACUAAUGUUAACUGAAAGAUCCUUAUCAAUGGAAUGUAUUUCUAUUUUAAUAUCACAAACACUGCAAUAAAUAACUCUGUGUCAGAA